AUGGACAGUGACCUGGUCGUCUAUGUUGCACAAUACUCCCGCGGUGUCGACGCCAACCGGAAGACUCUAACCAUGCACUGGGAAAUCUGUAUCCAAACGAGCGAAGCAGACCAGCGGCCUAGAGGGAACAUCUAUCACAUCAAAGGCUCUAGAGCCGACUACAAAUUCGAGAAGUUGGUCGACCGACACUUUACCACGACGGGAAACUGGAGGGGGAUGGUGAAAGUGGGAACCGUCGCAAAGUCAUCUCUACCGGGUAUCGAGCAGCUGUUUCGGGAAGUGCAGAUCCACACCAACAACCCGGACUGGGGAUGCCGAAACUGGGUGUCAAACGCGCUGCGAAAACUGUAUGCACGAGGUUACGGGAUUGAUCCCAUCCUAGCGCAGUGGGAAGGGUUGAACCAUAUGAUGGAUAUGGUCUUGAAAGCUUGGGAGGAUGGAGAUUUGUGA